AUGUCAAGCAAGAAAACUGACGAUCGCAAGAACGUAGUUAUCGUUGGCGGCGGCGCCGUCGGUCAACCUCUGGCCCGCAUCUUGUCGAGGAAACUCAACCCGAGUACUCAUUACCUCGUCCUCAUCGACUGUCGGCCUUUCCAGAUAUUUUUACCCCCUGCUCUUCGACUGGUCACUUCGGACGUAGAUGACCUCCAGACGACCUCCCUCAUCCCCCACGAUAAACUCUUCGCCAACGGCGUUGGAACGUUCAUCGAAGGAAAGGUCAUUUCAAUCCAGAAAGGUGAUAGUAGUGGUGGAAGUCUUACGUUGGAAAACGGGGAUGUUGUUGAGUUCGAGUUACUUGUCCUCGCGACGGGCAGUGGAUGGGAGGGCCCCCUGAACUUUCCCGAGAAGAAGGAGGGAGUCAUCCCAUUUAUUGAGAACAUCAGGCAAAGGAUCAAGGACGCGAAUGAUAUUGUCCUCGCAGGCGGAGGAUGCGUUGGAAUUGAGCUCGCCGGUGAAAUCAAGGAUAUUUAUCCAGAUAAGAAUGUCACCAUAGUCAAGAGUCGCGAUCACUUGCUCACCGACGUGUAUCCAUUGAAAUAUCGCACUCGUGUGGAAGAGAGUAUGCUCAAUCGCGAUGUCACCCUCGUCUUGAACGACUACAUCGACGACAUACCUACCGGCAAAUACGAUAGCGUGAAGACGCGUUCUGGGAAAAUAAUCAAAGCCGAUUUGGUCUUUCAAACCAGAGGUGGACGGCCCCAUACCGACUUUAUCAAAUCUCUCGGCCCCGACGUUCUAACAGAACGCGGACUAGUGAAAGUACGACCGACCUUGCAGUUGGCGUCCUACGAUGAUAUUUACGCUGCUGGCGAUAUCGUCGACUACCCUGAAGAGAAGCAACUCUUCACAGCAAACGCCCACUUUCGUGUGGUCAUCGCAAAUAUAAUGGCGGCAAUUUCGAGAAAGCCGCUGAGAGUUUACAAGGGUAGCCCUGUGAUGAUACUCCUCACAAACGGCAAGAGGGCUGGUGUAUCGUAUUUUGGAAUUUUGUGGGGGAUUAUCUUUGGUGACUGGUUCGCUCGACUGGUACAUCCUAAGAACCUUUUGCUUUGGAAGGCGAGAGUCCUUGCUGGUUAUAAUUAG